AUUUUUUAAACAAUUACGAAGGCGGUAAUGUUUUGAAGAACAAAGUUAUAUUGCAUUCAAACAACAAUCAAAAGAAAUGGACACGAAAGCCGACAAAUUACAAAAAAGGGCAAUUCGAGAUCAGCAAAAACGUAUGAAACCUGGUGAAUGCCAGAAAUACGUACGCAUGAUUUUGGACAGCRGUAUAUUAAAUUCAAGUAUGAAGGGACUUGGUUGUGAAUUAAAAUUAGAAAUCGAACAACUACAAAUAAAAUAUGCAGUACGCGAUUUAACGUCUAAAUUUUGUAUCAUUUGGGAACGUCAAUCGGGUCAGCGGGAAUUGUUGCCCAAUGAGUGUUUAGAUUCGCCGCUGAGCGCAAAGUGGGAAUCGGAAAAUCAAGUUGUGCAAUUUUUCACUAAACAAGAUCUUCAGAACACAACCGCAACUGAAAUAGCGAAGAAUAUGGAAAAAAAUUUUCCAGAUAUGCAACCCACUAUAGCUUUAUUAGCAGAUCGAAAAAAGAAUUCGGAAUCAAAUACUACAAAUUCUGUGCUCAUAGAUUUACAAGUCUUACAUCAAGUAGCCACAAUACAAGUAGCGCCAGAGUCCAGUGAAGUAGCUGCUACCUUACGUCGUUUCACAAAAGCCAUAGCGGAAGCGCCAUUCAAGCAACAGAAAGCCAACACUUUGGGCACUUUUAAAAAAUUCCUUGCCAACGAUAAGAAACAGUGUGUACGUGUCGUGGGUACAAACGGUUUAGGGCGUCUUUGGCAACAACAUUUAAAUCGUUUGCCUUUAGUAACCUUGGAGGUAGCUGAGACUAUAAUCGCACAAUAUCCAUGCCCCAAAAAACUUUUGGACGCAUAUGAACGGAAUGCAGAUGAGGAGAAAAAGAUAAUGGCCGAUUUGAAGAUCAAUCGCGGUGGCCCACAGCCAUUGCAAGCGGAUAGGCGUAUUGGGCAUGUAUUGAGCGGAAAGUUACACUUGCUGUAUAACAGCAGAGAUCCAAAUGCAAUUAUUUAAUAAAAAACAAUUUGAAAACUUUUGCGAAAAAUUGGAUAUUUGCAUGCACGAGCGCUAAUUGAGAAUAUUUAUACACCAAUUUUGCAAUUGUAGAAAAUUUUACUUCGUUUAAGUUAUACAUUAGAACAAUGGAUUAUAUAAUAUUUUUUACCACUUGUUUAUUGUUUAUUCCUUAACGUUAUAUAUUAUUGUUAUACAUAAAUUAGGCUUUUUUAAAUAUAUGUUUAUGUGUUUAAUUAGUCAUUUGUUCAUCAAUUUUAUAUGGUCUAAUGUGAGGUCUAGCACUAAAUAUUUAUAAGUAUAAUUAUUAAAUAUAAUAUCGUAAAUUAGAAUAUUAUUUGGUUAAUUAUGCACAAUCGCUAAUAGUAUUUGUUAUUCAGUUAUAAUUAAAAAUCACAUAUUUUCAUAUUCCGUAAUUUUGUUAUACAAUAUUCACUAAUUUUUUUCUAUCAUUUUUGUAGUUAUGUAUAUAUUUGCUUAAGUAAUUUGACAAAUUGUACAUUCAAACGCUGUGGACACGACGGUUUGCCAACSAAAUUUUAUUUUUAAGAUUUUUUUUUUAUACUUUUGUCCCUAAGCGUUUGCCCGCAUUAAUUAAAUCAUACGAAUUAUUAAUGUUUUUAUCAGUUAUUAUUUUUGUCAAUUACGAAAUUUUAUAAAGAAUAAAAUAACUGUUUUAUGGAGUUUACGUACACAUAUUUCGAUAUUAAUUGAGUUUUAAAAUCUUAGCGAAUAUUGUGAUUGUUCUUACUUUUUUUUUUGGACAUGCCAUUUCUUUUCUAUUUGGCAAAUGUGAAUUCAUAUUGUUCAAAAAAAUCAUACGUACAUACACARGAAAAGUACGCGAUAAACGAAUAAAUUAAAAGAUAAUCACUAAUCGUAAUGAAAUAAUUUCCAACUGAUUUUUAAUAAAUAAAAUUAAGAAUUUCAUGAACACGUAUUUAAUAAGGGCAGUCAUCACUCUUUCUAAAAUCAGGAAUAUGUCAAAAUGGUUUCGUUCGCCGGUUUGUUUAAAUUACUGAAACCUUUCCAAAUAAAAACGCAUUGUGAGUUAAUUUCAACUUGAUAUGUGAGCCAACCGCUUGACUUGAAAUGUAAUUAACAGUUAUGUAAAUGCAAACACUAAGCUACAUUCCAAUAUUUUUGUCAUAAGUGAAGUUUUAUAUGUUUUACUUUUUUUCUAGCAUUUUAAGGGAAUAUUUAUAUAACACUAAUUGGCCGAAAAUUUGUACAAAUUUUUAGACAGUUAAAAUUAAGUUCGUUGGCAUGUAGCAUGGCAUGGGUUUCACUCCGGUAGUUUGUAUUUUAUUAUAAUUUAAAAAGCCCAAUUAUAUAUGUACGUUAUAUUUUAGUAUGAGUWGUGAGUAAAUAAUUUAGUUCUAAUUUUUACAAUGUUUGCAUGUGCUCAUGAAUCACCAUAUUUCGCUUACUGACUAAUGAUGCAUGUAAAGUGUUCUCCCUUUUAAUGAAUGAAUGCUUUGACGAAUACUUGUAUUUAUGAUUUAUUUAAUUUAUUUGUUUGUUGGUGUAUAUAAUUUCGAUAAAUAGUCAAUAAAGCAAAUAUUAAACUAAAGCAGAUGUUAUGUACAUAUAUAUGGAUAUAAAGAGAAUAAUGGAUAAUAACUAAAACAUAUUUUUGUUAGAAAACUUAUUAUAUAAACACACGUAGAAUAUAAAUUAUUAUAUGAACAUUUAUGGACUGGUAAUCUUGUAACUAUAAAUAUACAUUAUUAUUUUAUUAUUUUUUACAAUCGUAAUAAUUAUUUUUUUACUUAAACUCUAUGCGAUUAUCACUAAGACUUUACGUGUGUGUCUGUAUGUGUAUUUGGAACUGUCCGUCUGUCAGUCAUUCACUCACUUUGCCAUACAUCCCCCCGUUUUAAGC